UCCAGAGCGCUCAUCCCUCCAGAGAAAGAGUUCUAGCCUCAUGGAGGAAAUUCCUCUGAGCCAGCCAAGUCCUCGAGGGGAACAGAGGUUCAGGAAGCCAUGGCUCUUAUGCAUAGUUCCUCUGUUGCUGCUGCUGUUCUACGCCACAGGUGCACUGAUCUUUACUUCACUCAAGCCAACUGCCAAAGACCCCUGCAUGGUUAAGUUUGAACUACUACCCUCAAAAUGGCGAAUGACAUCUCCUGAACCUCUUUGUGUAACUAUGACAUCUGACGGGAAGCUGGAGAUACUUCAGGAUGGCGUGUAUUUAAUCUACGGCCAAGUGACUCCUUUUCCUAAAAAAUCCAUAACAAACCCUGCUGAAUUUAUAGUAGAGCUAGUUAAAAAAGGAAAUGUUUUACAAUCUGCAACAAAUGACUUUCAAUUAUUAACUAUAGGAGGGAUUUAUGAACUGCAUGCCAGAGAUACCAUAUAUUUGAGGUUCAACUCUGAUGACCAUGUUCAGAAAAAUACUACAUACUGGGGGAUCAUUUUAAUGCCAGAGCUCUCGUUCAGCUCCUAGAGGUUGAGUUUGGUCUCCUCCUCCUCCUCAGUGUAUCCAGAGAUGCUGGUUGUUGGGUUGGAGGGGUUCACUAUUUGCAAUCCAUCUAGUUUAUGAGGGCUUACAAAUCAACGCACACAGAACCUCUUGGCAUCAUAAGAUUUUUAACCCUUGUUUGUCUGAAGAAGACUCAGCAAAUGGGCCAAAUUCCCUGAUGUUGGGUCUAGGAAUACAUUUUUAUAAUUCAUGAUAAAAUGAGUAUGGGCAGCAGAAGACAGAAACUCUUCCAAAGAAUGUCUGUCUAACCCUUGAAUCUCUGGGUG